GUCCUCAUCCAGCGCGCGCCGGGUGUUCCGCUAUGCUGACAUGGCUGCGCGCGGGCCGGGCUCGGUGCGCGCGGGGGCUCUCGGGGCGCUGCUGCUGGUGGUGCUGGGGGUCUGGGUGGUCCCCGCGGCCGCGCUGAUCGAGGGGCUGUACUGCGGCUCGCAGAGCUGCUAUGAUGUGCUGGGGGUGGGCAGAGACGCGGCCAAGGCGGAGAUCGGGCGCGCGUACCGGCAGCUGGCCCGAAAGUACCACCCGGACCGGUACCAGGGCGAGGAGGGCGCGGAGGCCGGCCAGCAAAAGUUCCUGCUGAUCGCCACUGCCUACGAGACCCUGAAGGAUGAAGACGCCCGCAGGGACUAUGACUACAUGCUGGAUCACCCAGAGGAAUACUACAGCCACUACUACACCUACUACAGGAGACGGCUGGCUCCCAAAGUGGACGUUCGGAUAGUCAUCCUGGUAACCGUGUGUGCCAUCUCCAUUUUUCAGUAUUACAGCUGGUGGAGCAGCUAUAGUGAAGCUAUCAACUAUCUCACCACCGUCCCCAAGUAUCGCAUCCAGGCCACAGAACUGGCGAAGCAGCAAGGCCUGUUAAACCGAACCAAAGAGAAGGGCAAGAACCGGCGCUCCAAAGAGGAGAUCCGCGAGGAGGAGGAGGAGAUCAUCCGAGACAUCAUUAAGAACAAGAUAGACAUCAAGGGAGGCUACCAGAAGCCCAACAUCUCCGACAUCCUGCUGUUUAAGAUCAUACUGUUCCCGUACUACAUGUGCACGUAUGUGGCGUGGUACUGCUCGUGGAUCUAUCGAUUCACCGUUCGCGGUGAGGAGUACGGAGAGGAGGAGAAGCUGUACAUCAUCCGCAAGAACAUGAAGAUGUCACAGGCUCAGUUUGACAGCCUGGACGACCACCUUAGACAGACCUUCCUGGAGAGGCAGCUCUGGAUAAAGGAGAACUAUGAGGUGUACAAACAAGAGCAGGAGGAGGAGAUGAAGAUGAAGAUGGCCAUGGACCCGCGGUGGAAGCGAUAUAGGAGAUGGAUGAAGAGCGAAGGGCCUGGACGCAUCACCUUCAUCGACGAUUGACCGCACACGCCACGCACACACUGGGCCGGUGAAGAUGGGCAUCCCUUUAUACCAAACAGCCUGCUGUGUGUGUUAGCGUGUGAACACCAAUGUUUACAAAGGACUUUUUAUGUGCAUUUAUAUCAAGACCUUUGACUGAUUUUCAUAGAUGAUGAUGAUGAAGAUGAUAAUAAGACUCUUAAGGUGAGGGCUGUUUUCAGGUGCGUGUGCCGAGGCUGCUGAAACGGGGCUGUCUGGAGACGAUCUGGCAUCAGUUUUGGAGGUUUUGGCAGCUCUGUUGAGUUAUUAGCAAUCGAUAAGCAGGGAGCUCACCUGUUCGCUGCUGUCAACUUUGGCCUUUCAUCACAGGGCGGGGCUGCUGUUCUGUCUGUCUUACCUGUUUGGCCUCUUUAUGCAUCCCACCGAUGGAAUAUUAUAUUUUUAAAAGAAUAUUAAAAUGACUGUUAAACCAGA